AUAAAUGUUAUGUAAGCAACUGUAAACAUUAUUGACAAAAGCUUCAAAGUGAACUCUGUGCCGGAGUCCAGACAGGUCGGGGUCUCUUGAACCAUUCAGAUAGUCAGAGGAUUGUUGCUGUUUGUGGGUUUCUGUCACAUUCUCUAUGGCUGCUGCCGAAUCGGACUGCAAAGCUCUUUUCUCUCUGGACUCCUACCAUGUCUCUGAAGAGCUUGGCUUCAUCCUCCCUGAUCCUCUGGAAGAGCUUCCGCCUUACUACCAGCCAUGGAUGGAUAUUGCCCUGCGAGUCCCAGAGCUUGUGCACUCUCAUGAACUCCGCUUCCGUAUUAACAAGAUGCCACUGCUGAGCAGCCAAUUUCUGCAGAAACACCGGGAGUUACGGCUGGCACACCUUGCCCUCAGCGCGAUGACCAUGGGCUACACAUGGCAGGAGGGAGAGAACAACACAGUUGAGAUGCUACCACAUAACCUGGCUGUCCCGUACUGGGAGGUGUCACAGCGCUUAGGACUUCCCCCAAUCCUCACCCAUGCAGAUGCAGUGCUGGCUAACUGGAGGAAGAAGGAUCCGGAGGGGCCUUUUGACAUGGAGAACCUGGAGCUGCUGGUCAGCCUCCCAGGUGGAGAUAGUGUCCGAGGUUUCUUUAUGGUUACUCUGCUGGUGGAGCUGGCAGCAGUGCCUGCACUGAGGAACAUUCCUACUGUGAUCAAUGGUGUCAGGUGUGGUGACACUGAGGCUGUGGCAAGAGCUCUAGAGGAGAUCAGCCAGUCUAUACAGGACAUGACAGAUGCACUCAAACUGAUGCAUGUGUACGUGGAGCCUUCAGUCUUUUAUGGCAUUAUGAGGAUCUACCUGUCUGGGUGGAAAGACAAUACCUGUAUGCCAAGGGGGCUGGUCUAUGAAGGGGUCCAGACAGAGCCAAUGGAGUAUUCAGGUGGGAGUGCUGCACAAAGCAGCCUGCUGCACUGCUUUGAUGAACUUCUGGGAGUCAAACAUAAAGCAAGUAGUGGUGCCUUUCUAACCCGCAUGAGGAACUACAUGCCACCUGCUCACAAAAAGCUGAUCCAGGACAUCUCAUUGCAACCCUCCCUAAAGAGUUUUGUCCAGCAGCAGUCCAGUGCGCGGCUAACCCAGGCCUUUCAGCACUGUGUCACAAAACUGUUGGCUUUGCGCAGCUACCACAUCAACAUUGUCAGCCGCUAUAUCACUGUACCUGCUGCCCGCGCCCGACAACUUCGUGACCACAGCCAGGACUCAAAGGAGGAGAUGAUCAGUAGAGCACCCACAGCAUUAGAGGAGAGGGGCACCGGUGGCUCUGGCAUCAUGACCUUCCUUAAGACUGUGAGGGACCAAACAAAAGACGCCUUCCUGCCUGAGACAAACAGCAAAUGAAACACCACAGCUGAUGUUAAGUGUCAUCGCUCAAGAUGCACAGAAAACUGUCAACUGCAUCGCAUAAACAGGCAGUAAAUCACCUCUGACUACUUAACAUACUAUUUUAUAU